UACAUCGUAUUUGCUUGCACCUUGCAGUGCUGACUGCUCAGUGCUUACAAUUUAUUCUCACAAGCUCACAACUCACAAUAGUUAUGGUAGAUGAUAGGGUGGUUACACAGUAAUAAGUCAUAGUUAUUACUGCUGUCGUGUUUUUCAAGUCUUUGGUAGCUUUAAGAACUAUUUAAUACAAACGAUUUAUUUUUAAAACUUUGUUAGAACAAUGAAUGACGACAGGGAAAGAGAUGAAGACUCAUUGUCGGACGUUUGGUUUACUAAUUGGGAACAGCAAUGCAUGCAACAUCUAGACAGUGAGCCCGAAUAUGAAGGACAGCUGAAUAGUGAACGAGAUUUAUCUACUCAAAAAGCAUGGUAUAGUUUUCAAAAUGCUGCAGCAUCUAUAGCUCAAUUGUACAAAGAUCGUCUUCAACAUUCGUCUUCUCUUUGGGUGCCAUUCCAGACUGCUGCUGGAACAGUUGCCACUCUUUACAAAGAAUCAUCCGAAUCAAUCCGUAAAUCUGGUGAAUUAGGGAUUCAAACUGGCUACCAACGACGUAACAAAGAAAUUCUGAAUUGGGCACGAAAAAAGCGCCGUUAUAUCCGCAGAGAAGAUUUGAUUUCAUAUCUGGCCGGCAAAUCACUACCUCCCCGUGCUACACCUCAUCAUCACAGAUCAUCUCCACGUCCUCUUCUGCUGGUCACUGACCGCCAUUCACCCAACCUCCAUCACCAGUCCAACUCGGAACUCCACCAUCAUUUCGGCCAAACAAACACCAACAGCACACUAGAUGACAACCUACACAUGUUCAGGGAAGCCCUAUCGUUGCCAGUGGGUUGCGGUGUGAAACGCCAGCGGUCGGUUGAGCUGAGCACAUUCAUGGCGGGAGAAUUUGCGCGUCACGGUACCAGCAAACAGCUCCUGCGUCCCCCCUCCUCCACCUCGCACCCCUCACCACCCCCCCACGAUGUCAACAUGGACUCGCCCACCCACCCUAAGCGGCAGCGGUUUAUGUAGUGAACACCCCCACCCAAUCAUAAUCGUACGAAUAACAGACAAAAAGUGGCUGAUAAAUUUUCUCGAAGAAGUCUGACAGCCAAUUAAGCUAGGUCGCUACAAUCGUAAUGUAUAAUAAUUAUUUUCACGAAUAGUGUAUAAAAACAGAUAAUAAUAUAGAAAUGAAACAAACACCAUUCUCAUCAUUAGUAAAAUAUUUUUUGUUCUAGUGUAAGGUAUAAAAUUAUGGGAAAAAUCAUUCAUCUCCACAUUCAUUAUGUGGAGAUAAAAUAAAGUCAGAAUAAUUUUAUAAUAAUUAUCAAAUCGAUUAUAAUUCCAUAUAAGUUUCUUGUCUUGAACAUACAGGGUUGUUACACUGGCUCACAGUGUAAAAUAUUUAUGUAGUUCAUAGUUUUCAAGUUGAAAGUGGAAUAUUUAUUUUUCGUAUGAGACAAGCAUUUUGCCACCUUUUCAUAUCAAUUUAACACGUGAAAAAUGAUUGAAAAUCAUUAUAAAGAUCACUUUAUCAUGCAAGUUAGAUUUGAAUAGAAUUAAUCUAUUCUCUAAAAAACCUGAAAAAUACAGUUAUGCAAAGCUUGAAAAGCUCAUAUGAAUGAAAAAAAUUCUAUUUUUUUUUGUUAUGGUUCAUUUAUUUCUAUUUUCCACAAACUUAUUUUAUAAUACUGUACAAAUUUUCUUUGCCGACUUGAUGUUAUUGAACGGAUGAUAUAAGACCAAUUGUGAAAUUUCCUUUCUAAAAAAAUAUGUCAACACUAAAGUUUCUUCAACAUUAAAGUUUUGUCAACACUCGAAUGAAUAGAAAUAGGCUGAAUGUAGAAUGAUAAGAAAAAAAUCAUAAAAAAUAUUCCUAAAAGCCGCGGUUAUAUUUUCAGAUUGAUUUGAUGAUUAUUUGUGUUUCAAAUCUUUUUGAUUCAAUUAGAAAUUAAAAAAUAGUUCUGAUUCCCUUUUCUUGAAUUUGGGAUUUCAAAUAACAUUUACUUAGAUACAAACAAAAUACUCAUAAUUUAUUACGUUUGUUUGUUUAACGUUUACGUUUUUAUGUUUACAACUAUAUUUAUUGUCGUACAUCAUUAUUUCCAUUCAUGUAGCUUCUCACCUCAUGGCCUCUUCAUGGCCUAUAGUUAUUACUUGCUUUAGAGACUCACUUAUUCUAGAAUUAUCACCAAUAUCUAAUUCGCUAUUAAAAAUAGUGUAAUGCCAGUAUGUACUCAUUAAAAAAGAACUAGGAACCCAAAUUCAUAUAUUAAAAUUAAUCGCUAUUGAGGAAUGUAUGAGAGAGAAAAGCUAUGAAGUUUUCCCAAUACAGAAUGUGAUAGAAUAAUAGCAUAAUAAACAUGAUUGCCAGAAAUCAUCAAGUUAUUAUGCUAGAAACUAUCAUGUCUAAUUGAAAAAAGUUACUUCCUCAUUAUUAUCCACUAAAGCUUUCAAAUUAGCAUACCGGUAUUAUGGAAGGUUGAAAAUUCUAUCAAUACUUGCAAAUAAAAAAACGAACUACUAUUUAAUUAGUUUUUCACGUUCGCGUUUAUUCUUGCUAUAUUUGUUUACUUGUUUAAAAGCGUCUAUCCUUAUUUCAUCUUCUAUUAAAUAGUAUUUAUUCCUUCCCUUUUUCACAUAUUCAAAGUAUCAUAAAGUGCCAUUCCAUCACAAUAUUUUGAAUGAUUACCUUCAGAAUGAUAUUUUAUAUUAUAUUUACAACUGUGAUAGAUGAAUAAUUCAUUUUUUAAAAUGGAACAAUUAGUACUCAUAACUAAGAGAUACCAUGUACAACAAUAAUUCAUUUUUUGAGUGUCACUCCUAAUAAAUCAUGUCUCAUGUUCUAUUCUUACAUCCAUUAUACUACUAUUGUAUUUAAUUAAUUUCUUUCUUCAAUAUUUUCCUUUACAUCUAAUCUCAAUCUUGAUUUUUGUCUCUAUUUCAUCAUUUUGUUUUUUACUCCAUCCUGUCCAUCUUUUUGAAUUUUUAUCAAAUUACUAUAGAAGAAAUCUGUACAUCACCGUGACUAUUGAUAUUAUUAGAAAUAUUAUUUAGCAAGUUUAGCAUAUUAUUUUAAUUUAUUUUAAACUUUGAAGCAGUCAAACUGCAUCUAUUUAUGGAUAAAAAUCUAUCUAUUCUAAUUUCAACACUGGUUUGUCAAUUUUGUUCAAAUGUAUUUGUAAUUUUUAUUUUUAUAUACUGGUUUUAAAUUUUUUCAGUGUAUUUUCAUCGUAGAUCAAGUUUUAUUAAUAUUUUAAUAAUAUUUAUGUAAUUGAAAUGUAGGCCACUGAAUUGAAGAAUAAUGCUUCCGUUAAAAUAUGAAAAAAUAUACUGAUAAUAGCGUUUAGUGUAUUUAUAGUUUUAUAGGUAUGAGAUACCUUAUAAUUUACUAUAAUAUUAGACACGAUAAACAACAUGGGAAUCUUUAUAAUCUACAAAUAUCAAGACUUAUCUAAUCGCACUGAAUUAAUUAUUGUAGAAUUUUAGAAAAAGUAUAGACACGAAAAAAUCGUUGAUGAAACUUUUAGCAACUUGCUUAGUAGCUGAAAAUCACUUGCAGACCACACUGAAUUAUAUUGUCUAGAUUUAGAGAAUUGACAUUUUUGGAAAGUAUUGAUACAAUACCUGAGGUAAUUUUGUUAGUCCCAAGAUUUUCCUUAUUUGAGAAAAGUGUUCAAACUCUUAAACUUAAUUCCAAUUGCAAGAUUUGCAAAAUUGCUUUAUCCUAAAUUUAGUGAGAAGGUUUAACUUCCUUUAGAUUUUUCUCUUAAUUUACUUCUUUUCAUUACCUUAUUCAAUUCAUUAAAGUCAUACAAUUCUUGUUAAUUUCAAUAUGAUUUCCAUUUUUUCUAAUAUAUUGCUGAAAUUAAAGACAUGUCACAAAGUGUCGAUUCACGCUAUAUUACUAAGUAAUUAUUAUUUACUUGGCAUUUGAAAUGUCGUUUAAUUCCAUCAAUUUAUUGUAGUUUCAAGCUAAGAAACUGUAUUAUCAUGCUUUGUAAAGCACUCUGACUAUGUUAAGUUUCUCAUUCUCAAUAUAUUUUAUCUCAGAUACUAAUAAUCAUUAUAAUUUAUUAGACCAAAUAAAAUAAAGCAAAUACUGCAAACACCUCAUAAAAUAGUUGAAACGUGUAAGCAAUAUAAAUAAAAGUUCAAUCAAAAUUUAUAGCAUAUAGACUGGGAUUCGUAGAAAUUUACAUGCCAAUAGUACUACAAUAAUAUGAUUUGAAAUCAGUUUUUGAUAAAUUUCAACCUUCUAAUACGUAAUUAUAAACAUUGAAAAUUUUGUAAAUGUAUUCAAUUUUAAGGAAAUGAAUUGUUUUUGUAAGUCUUUAGACUACGUUGUACAAUCUUAGAUAAUGAUCUCAUUUGAUUUUUCAUUCUCAUGAAGUUCUUUCAAUUAGGCUAUACAUUAAAUAAUUAUCAGAAAUUAAUUUUGAGUUAUUUAUUUAAUCUAUUUUUGUAAAUAUUGUCAAAUAUGUACCAUUUUCUGUUCUUUAAAUAGAAAUUAAACUUCAUAGGCUUAACAUGUCAUGAUUAAUCAGAUUAGUGUUCUUAAGCUUCAUAACCAAGAAAUAUAUCAAUGACCUACAAAACCUCUGGUUUUAUUUACAAUUUUUUGAAUGUUUUUCCUAUUAAUAUAUCAAUUUAUUAUGUAUGAUUGAGUAAUUUUAUUAAUACAAUUAAUAAUAUUGUAUAUUGAUAUUGUAUUGGUGCGAUAACUUACGUUUUGCUCAAAUAUAAUUAUUUUUCUCAUCUGAUAAUGUAGAUAAUUAUUACAAAUUCCAGAGAGUGACAGGUACAGAGAUUUGUCAUUGUCAAAUAAGCUGCUAAUCUUCAGAUGACCUGAAUCAUAAAAAUUCUAAAACGAAUAAUAAAAAGGAUAGAAACGUUUCUACCAAUAUAUCAAUCGCAAAAUAUAGUAAAAAUGUAACAAAUAUGACAAUAGUUCAGAGUUUCAUAUUUAAAAGUUUUUAUCGUUUAUUCCAGUUGAAAUCAUUUUGGUUGUUACAUUAUUUAUAGGCAAAUGAUAUGUUAAAUGAAUAAAUAGUUUUAUAAACAGUUACCCAAAUAACUGUUGCGAUUAGUAAAUUUGAACUAAAUAAUGCAAUAAACCCUGAUUCUUGAGGUUUGUGUCCUCUUUUUAUACAUGUAAUACAAUUUGAUUGAUUCAGCAGAAAGUUCAUUUCAGAUUACAAAUCAAAAAGUUAUCUUAUUUGAAAAUAUUGGUCCAAUUUCCAAUCUAAUCAUUGAAUUAAUUUAGGACAUAGCAUUUGUGUUAUUCUAUUCAAGCCUCCAAAUCAUUCUUUUGUACACGCUCCAACACCUUAAUCUUCCAUUAAGUUUAUUUUGUUCCUAUGUAACAAAGCAUUUUCACACUUAUGUUUCUAUAGUGACUUAUUUUUUAUACAUAAAUCGGUUUCUGCAGUUUGGCAGUUAUAUGGAUACUCUGUAAUAACCUGUACUAAUAACCCCAAGGAUUGUAAUUUGUAUUUGAAAGAAACUGCUGGUUUAAGAGUGUAAAUACUGUAUUUACAUAAUAUUAGAUCCUUAUGUAAAAUGUAAUGUUCAAUUAGGAUUACAUAGUAUAUUUUUUGAUUACGAUAGUAAUUUUUGUUUCAAGUCCUAGAGGUAAAAACGCGUGUAUACUAUACGGUACUAAAAGUAUGGGCGAGACUUGAUAUAUUGUGUUUUUGUUGUACGAUAGUAAAAAUUGAUGAAAUUUA